CUCCUCCUCCUUCCUCCCCUGAGAUAAAACCUCGGUCCCGGCGCUGCGUCCGGUCUCACUUAAGCCGGUCCCGUGGGGUGUUUGUCAGGGUAUGGCAGCGCUGGGAGCCGUAGUGAAGAAAGUGUGGUGUAUCCGCCGCUAUUUGGUGCUUCUGUGCGCUCCGCUGGUGCUGCUGCCCAUCCUCUUCAACCUGCCCCCCAAGGAAGGAAAAUGUCUCUAUGUCAUUUUGGUGAUGGCUAUAUAUUGGUGCACUGAAGCGCUGCCUUUAUCAGUGACGGCUCUUCUCCCUAUAAUUCUGUUUCCGUUCCUUGGAAUUCUCCCAGCCAGCAAAGUUUGUCCCCAAUACUUUUUAGACACCAACUUCCUCUUUUUGAGUGGCUUGACCAUGGCGGCUGCCAUUGAAGAGUGGAAUCUGCACCGUAGAAUUGCAUUGAGAAUACUUAUGUUAGUGGGAGUCCAACCAGCCAGGCUCAUUUUAGGCAUGAUGCUAACAACUUCCUUCUUGUCUAUGUGGCUGAGUAACACAGCCUCUACUGCUAUGAUGCUACCAAUUGCAUUGGCUGUUUUAAAAAGCCUUUUUGGAGAUAAGGAAACAUCUAAUGAUUGCAAUAGGGUAAAAGAGGAAAAUAAAGGUUCGGUACAUCAGAAUAAACUUCACAUGGUGCCAACUGAGAUGCAGCUUCUGACAAAUGCUAAUGAGAAAGACAUGACUGAAGAGAAGGAAGUCACAGUUGACAUUUCCGUGGAUGCAAUGAAGGAAGAACAAUACAAGGCAAAUGUAUGGAAAGCAUUUCUGAUUUCUAUCCCUUAUGCUGCUAGUAUUGGUGGAACAGCAACACUGACUGGGACAGCCCCGAAUCUCAUUCUUUCAGGACAGUUAAAGAGUUAUUUUCCAGGAUGUGAUGUUGUGAACUUUGGCUCUUGGUUUGUGUUUGCCUUUCCCUUAAUGGUACUUUUCCUUUUUCUUGGAUGGCUCUGGAUAUGCUUCCUUUAUGGAUGCAUUAGCUUAAGAGACUGCAAAAAGAAAAAAUCGGAGAUAAGAGCUGAUGCAGAAGGCAGAGCUCGGGCAGUUAUAACGGAAGACUAUGAGAAACUGGGACCGAUAAAGUUUGCAGAGCAGGCAGUAUUUGUUCUCUUCUGUUUAUUUGCCAUCCUGCUAUUCUCCAGAGAUCCAAAAUUCAUAACAGGUUGGGCAAGCUUAUUCAAACCAGGGUUUGUCUCAGAUGCAGUUACUGGAAUCACAAUAGUGACAAUACUGUUCUUCUUCCCAGCGAAAAAGCCAUCUCUUAAAUGGUGGUUUGAUCUAAAAGCAUCAAAUGUUGAGAAUGAACCUUUGCUAACUUGGAGAAAAGCCCAAGAAAGUGUUCCUUGGAAUAUAAUUCUGUUGCUUGGAGGAGGAUUUGCAAUGGCAAAAGGAUGUGAGGAAUCAGGUUUGUCUGUCUGGAUUGGCGGUCGUCUUGAUCCUCUGGAGAAUCUCCCUCCUCCUGUGGCUGUAAUUCUCAUCACAGCAGUCAUAGCAAUGUUCACAGAAUUUGCCAGUAACACAGCUACAAUCAUCAUCUUCUUGCCUGUCUUGGCAGAACUGGCCAUUCGUUUGAAAGUGAAUCCACUCUACUUAAUGAUACCAGGAACUGUAGGAUGCUCUUUUGCCUUCAUGCUUCCAGUCUCUACACCCCCAAAUUCCAUUGCUUUUGCUUCUGGCCAUUUGAUGGUCAAAGACAUGGCGAGAACUGGCCUACUGAUGAAUUUGAUGGGAAUCUGUCUUCUGAGCUUGGCCAUCAAUACGUGGGCUAUGAGCAUCUUUCAGCUAGGCAGCUUUCCUUCCUGGGCCAACAUCCAUAUGGAAAAUGCAACCACUCUUUUGGAAGAUGCUCAGAACAUUACUUUGAACUUAACUAUAAAUAAACUUAUAUAACUAUUACUUAACUAUAAGUAAAGCAACUUUAUUGAUGAGAUUGGGUGAGAAAACGUCUGUCCUCAAAUCUGAGCACUAAAUUAAAUUGAUAUUGAAUACAGGUACGCAUGGAAGGACAUACUGUUGAUGCGCCUCCACCAUAGGACCAUCAUGUGUUUUUGUUUGUUUUUACAAAUCUUUGUAAAUACUCAUUGACUAUUUGAAAGACAUAAAAGACUUUUUCAUUUUUCAUUCAAAGAAUUAUCAAGUAGCUCUAGAUAGUCUUUCACUGUUUGAGCCCUAGAAGAUCUUUCCCCAUCUUUUGUUGUUCAAAUAAAGGGGAUUAUUUUGCUUUACUAAAGAUGAUCAUUGCCUAAAUAUAGGCAUAUCUGGCUAUUUAAUGUAGGAGCAUAUUACAUCUGAAUACAGAAGCACAUGAGUAAUUAAAACAAUGUAUCUUCCCUUGAAUCAGAAAGCUUAUUGCAAACUAUAUAUUCUCUGCCAGAUACAGGCACAGCAGGUUAUCAAAGCAGAAAUGUUUUUAAAAAUCAUAUUAUAUUGUUUGACUAAGGUAGUGACAACUUAGUUGAGUCUGUGAUGUUUAGAAGAAACCCGGUGAGCAGAUAAUAUUGAUAAUAUUAUAAAUCUGAGUUGUUCUGAAAGAUAACAGGUAAAAUGGAAAAUGUUUGCAUAUAUGUGCAAAUACAGGUGGGAAAGUACUGAAUAUAGAAAGAAAAGUGUUGAUCAUCCUUAUUUUCUGUGUGAUAUUUAUUGACCAUCUAUAAACAAAAUAGCCAUAAUAAGGUCAAAUAAAGAUACUCAGAACUGGCAGGGCAGCCAAUUCUGUUGAACAUUGAUAGGAAUCUGUAGUAACUUAAAUGCUGUUAUCACCUCUUAGGCCAGAGUUUCCUUUCUCAAAAUUGUUGAAAACCCUGAUAUGUAUUAAAGAGCAUGUCAGUAGAUCAAUACCCUUGAUUUGGUGCCUUUUGUGUCUGUUUCUUGAGGCCAAAGUACAGUACCCAUUUUGUGUAUUUUUAAAAAUUUUGUUUGAACAUGUACACUCUCUCCUACCAGAAUUACACACUUAGGGAUUUUAAUUAUAUUCUUGAUCAAUUCUAUAUGUGCACGAUGAUCUCUAAACAAUUUCUCUAGUGACAUAAAAGAUGAAGUUAAGCUGUAUAAAAGAAUUGGAUAUGGCACCCCAGACAUAACCAAAAGUUGCUCUCAAACUAUAGUUUUUUUAUGUGAUAAAAAGGGGGUAAUUGCUAAAUAUAUGGCUAGAGAGAAUUAUAAAUGUAAUUAAUGUUAAUAACAUGUAAAUAUGAGUAAAAUGAAAUUAUAUAUGGUUUUUGCCAUGAAUAUGUCCAUGAAUUUUGGGACUCAACGUUCAACUUCAAAUGAGUUUCCAACACAUAAAAUGUUGCCUGCCCACAACUGCCAUACACAAGUUUAUUAGUCCUGUAAAUGAUAAACAAUUUAUUGAUGAAAAAGGGGAGGGAUGCAGAUUUUCUGAAUUAAAAUGAUCCUUUAACAAAAAGCAAUUACUAUGAAAAAUUGUCAACAGUAAGAUUUUGAAAUGAGAACUUAGCCAGUUCUAGAUUUUACCAUGUCCUAUUGUCUUAUUGCAGACUUGCUAGAUUCCUUCAGUGCAUUCUUGAUCCCAUAAAUGUCACGGAUUUGAAGUAAUCCAAAAUCCGAAAGUAAAGUUGAAUGCUGGUCUGUUCUCAUUCAAAAAUAAUUGAAAGUGAAACUUAAUGCUGGUCUGCUCUCAUUAAGCUUAAGUGACUGGUUACCCUUAGCAUUAUUCUAGAUUUUUUUUACAGUAGAUAGCAAUGUAUAUGAAGGAAUCUGAACUGGUAUUAAGGUUUGUUUUGUAUUGUUCUCUAGAGUAUGUUAGAUUCCACCAAAAGCACUAUCUGACUCCAUAUAAAAUAAAUUAAUGUGCUGGGCAUAGGAUAGAGCAGUGUUUCUCAACCUUGGCCACUUGAAGAGGUAUGGACUUCAACUCUCAGAAUUCAAUUCCCCAUGCCAGCUAGGGAAAUUUGGGAGUUGAAGUCUACACAUCUUCAAAUGACUUAGGUUGAGAAAAAACUGGAAUAGGGUGUGGCUUCUUUUUAUACUUGCCAUUGUCCAUUGGAGAAAUUUAUCUGGUAUAAAGUAAAAUGACAAACUUCACUUGGUGGUGGCAUUAGUUAUUGGCAGCAUCAUACCUGAGAAUGCUUUAUCACAGAUCAUAGUCGCUAUCUAGAUCUCUCCCUCUAUGUGUCCAAAUCAUGAAAAUGGUAAAAGUUUUGAUUGUUGAUCUUCCCAUGGCCAUUAGUCCUUUGUGGGGAAUUAUUUGCUGCUUGGAUUUGAGAGACGGAUGUUAAAAUCUGAUCAGUUUUUAUUGAUUGAUGAUCUGUGUACUUUCAGUGAAAGUGUUUGCGUAUGAACAUUGAUUCCAAUCAACACUGUAAACCUGAUUCUGUGUUAUAUUAUUAUAUAUGUGUGUAUAAGAAUUGGACUUUAAGCAAGUAUAAGAUCAAUGUUGAAAGCACGCUUUGGAAGAUUUAAUAUAAGGAAUUGUGCUGAGGGUGUAUGGAAGUUCAGCCAUGAAUUUUGCAAUGAUUAAUUUUGUUAUUCCUUGCCUAGGCUUAAAUCAGGAUUUGUUUCUGGAGCAUAUGUGGCAAACAGAAUGCUGGGUUGCCUUUCUUACUAUCUCCUGUUAAAGGUUCAUGCUAGUAUAAAAAUUAUAUUAAAUCAACAUCACUGAUGUAAAAUUAGGAAAAGGUCAAACUAAAAUCAUUGACAUAUAACCACCCAAGCAUCAGAUGACAUAACUCCAGAUACCUAAGGUGCAUAAUUGUGAUGACUGAGAAUAAAAUGCAUUAAUUAGUCUAUGGCAUUGUUAUGUUCUAUGUGAGUCACAAGGAAGGCAUGAUGUCUAGCCUUUUUUUUCAUGAACAUGAUGUAAUGUCCAAAUGAACGUUUCUAUUAAUUUCCACAGUAUAAAACAAGAUAAUUAUGUUGUCUAGGCUAGCUAUAGAAUUGUAAAAGUUGAAAAAAAUCCAGGCAACCACUAGAUGGCAAUGGUUGUCUGAAUUUUUGCAGGUUGGAUCUCAAGCCUUUAAGGUACGGGUGUCAAAUUCGAUGCCUCACGUUGCCAUCACGUGAUGUUUCGUGACCUUUUCCCCCAUUCGCAGAGCUGGGGUGGGUGUGGCCUGCGCGUGAUGCAUCUGGCCCAUGGGCCACCAGUUUGACACCCCUGCAGCUUAAGGGAAUGGAAUAUUUUUGCUAAAACUACAACACUGUAUUUAUUUUUUGACACAAAUAUUAUGAAGCUUCUAAAAAAUUACAUAGAAGAAAUAUCAGUGAUAAAUACAGUGCUUAUAAAUCACUAAUAAAAACAAUAAAAUAAUUGCUUUAAAAAAUACUAAGGAAAAAUACUAAUGUCAGCAUUUUGAAUGACAGAAGAACUUAUCCAAAUACCCUUCUUUGUUAGCUUAUAUUAUGGCUGCCACGCACCCCUGACUGGGGAAUUUAAGCAUUGAAAUUUUUACUUCUAUAAAAGCAUGUAUGGAAAAUAAACUAUUUUAUUUAAUGUUUAAAUAUUGGGCAUGAUUACAAAUGCAGCCAUUAAAAAAACUUUUAAUUUGGUCUCUAUAAACUUGGUAUCUGGUUUUUCCCUGCAGGAAUCUUGCAUCUAUCAUACUGUAUAGCUUUUACUUUGAAGAGAGUGGGCCCACCUAUUUUUAGUUAUGGGUGCAGCUACUACUGGCAUGUUGUGUUUGGUGUGUGUGCUUUCCCAGACCCUAAAAAAAUAAAGGUUCCUGUGAUCAAGCUUGA